CCCUCUUGCUGGAAAAUGUUUCCUAACGCCAGUCAUCCGUUUGUCGCCUGCUCUAGAAGAGUGGCCGCACUCUGCCCAGAGGUGGAUCUGGCCAUAACAGAACCUGUCACAGCUGGCGGAAAGGGGUUAAAAAUUAAAUUUCAAAAGACUUUCUGGGAUGGACAAGAGUCUUCAGCAGAGACACAGACCCUGGACAUCUCCAACAUGAAGUUUAUUCAUGUUGUCUUAUUACUUUUGUGCUUCCACUUAAGUUUUUUCAAGGUUAAAGGUGAACAAAGAAAAAAAAAGCUCACUGCAACCUCAGAUGCAUCUCAAGAGGAUCUGGUGGAGGAAAAGUGCUUACUGAAAAAGUACACCUAUCGCUCCUGCAAUAAAGUUUUCUGCCAACCAUGGCAGAAGUGCAUUGAUGGGACCUGUGUUUGCAAACUCCCUUAUCAAUGCCCCAAGAAUGGCACCUCAGUGUGUUCGACUAAUGGGAAAAGCUACCCGACUUAUUGUCAUCAAAAGAGUUUUGAAUGUCUUCAUCCAAAGGCAAAGUUUUCAAAUAAGGAAACAUGCAGAGCUGAAGGAAAAUUUAAUGUUUCCUUAAAUUAUGGAAAUUCAAAUUCAGAGGGAAUUGUUGAAGUAAAGCUUGUAGACCAAGAUAAGAAAAUGUUCCUAUGUAAAAGCAGCUGGGGCAUAACAGAAGCCAAUGUGGCCUGCCUUGACCUUGGAUUUCAACAGGGUGCUUUAAGUACUCAAGGAAGGUUUCGUAUUCCUGAAAAUUUCCACAUAAACUCCACUGAAUGUCUGCAUGUCCAUUGUCAGGGAUUAGAGACCAGUUUGGCUGAAUGCACUUUUACCAAAAGGAGGACUAAGAGUUCCCCAGGUCUAGCUGGCGUGGUGUGUUACAGACAGAAUUCAGAUUCUCCAACAAAUGAGUUCUUCCAGUGUGUGAAUGGGAAAUACAUCCUUCAGCAGAAAGCCUGCGAUGGGAUAAAUGACUGUGGUGAUCAAAGUGAUGAGCUGUGCUGUAAAGGGUGCCGGGGUGACAGUUUCCUUUGUAAGUCAGGUGUUUGCAUUCCAAGCAAGUAUAAAUGCAACGGUGAGUUGGACUGCAUUACAGGAGAAGAUGAAGUCGGUUGUGAAGGAGCGGAACAUCCUUCAAUUCAAGAUGAAAUAGAAAUUUUGUCUGCAGAUAUGAAUGCAGAAAGAAAACGGAUUAAGUCAUUAUUACCUAAACUAUCCUGUGGAGUCAAAAGAAACACGCACACUCGAAGGAAACGAGUGGUUGGAGGAAGGCUGGCACACAUGGGAGACUUCCCAUGGCAGGUGGCAAUUAAAGAAGACAAGAAAAUCAACUGUGGGGGGAUUUAUAUCGGUGGCUGUUGGAUUCUGACCGCUGCACAUUGUGUCAGAGCCAGUAAAGCUCAUCAUUACCAAAUAUGGACAUCAUUACUAAACUGGAUAAGACCUAACUACACUGAGUUAGAGGUUGAAAAGGUGGAUAAAAUUAUUAUCCAUGAGAAAUACAAUGGAUCCACCUUCCAAAAUGACAUAGCUUUGAUUAAAGUGAAAAAACAUGAUGACCAAAAAGAAUGUGAGCUGUCUCGUUCCAUCCCUGCCUGUGUUCCCUGGUCUCCAUAUCUAUUCCAACCUAAAGAUAGAUGCAUCAUUUCUGGCUGGGGUCGAGAAAAAGAUAACCAAAAGGUCUAUUCACUCAGGUGGGGUGAAGUUCACCUAAUAGGCAACUGCUCUAGAUUUUACCCAAAUCGCUUCUAUGAAAAAGAAAUGGAAUGUGCAGGUACACAUGAUGGUUCCAUUGAUGCCUGUAAAGGAGACUCUGGAGGCCCCUUAGUCUGUAUGGAUGUCAAUAAUGUGACUUAUGUUUGGGGCAUCGUGAGUUGGGGUGAAAACUGUGGAAAACCAGAGUUCCCAGGAGUUUAUACCAAAGUGGCCAAUUAUUUUGACUGGAUUAGCUAUCAUGUGGGAAGGUCUUUUAUUUCUCAAUACAAUGUCUGAAAUUGUGAUCUCCUGCUCUUAUUGUGAUCCUUCUCCCCUUAUUCUCUUGGGAGUUCCAUUUUAAUUGAAAUGAAACUAUAUAAUUAAUACUACUGUAAGGGAACAUGAAGGAAAUGUUAUUGGAUAUUUUUAAAGGUCUCUUUUCAAAGUUUAUAAUAUCUUGGAAUUUUGCUGUAUAAUUCUCAAAUAAAUAUUUUGGACACACAUA